CGGGCGGGUGUGGAGAUGGGACGGAGGUCACCGGCGCCGGCGCGAUGGUGGCGGUGUGCUCUCCUCCUCCUGGCGCUCGCGCUCGCGGUGGCGGAUGGGAGGUUCGUCGUGGAGAAGAACAGCCUGCGGGUCACCUCCCCCGCCGCGCUCCGGGGCGUCUACGAGUGCGCCAUCGGCAACUUCGGCAUGCCGCAGUACGGCGGCACCAUGCACGGGGUCGUCGUCUACCCCAAGGCCAACACGAAAGGCUGCAAGCCCUUCAGCGACUCCGGGCUCUCCUUCAACCCCAAGUCCGGCGGGCUCCCCGUCUUCCUCCUCGUCGAUCGCGGAGACUGCUACUUCACAACCAAGGGAUGGAAUGCCCAAACGGCUGGAGCUGCGGCAGUUCUCGUCGCCGAUGACAGAGCAGAGCCAUUGAUCACAAUGGACACUCCAGAAUCUGCAGGCAAAGAGCACCUAGAGAACAUAACCGUUCCGUCAGCACUUGUCUCCAAGAGAUUCGGCGACGACCUGAAGGCCGCUCUGGAAAACGGUGAUAUGGUAAAUGUGCUGCUGGACUGGAGGGAGUCUCUGCCCCAUCCAGAUGAGCGCGUGGAGUACGAAUUCUGGACGAACAGCAACGACGAGUGUGGAGCCAAAUGUGACAUGCAGAUGAAUUUCGUCAGGAACUUCAGAGGAGUCGCGCAGGUCCUUGAGCAGAGGGGUUACACCCAGUUCGCGCCUCACUACAUCACUUGGUAUUGUCCUGAAGCCUUCGUCCUGAGCAAGCAGUGCACAUCGCAGUGCAUCAACCAUGGGAGAUACUGCGCUCCGGAUCCGGAGCAGGACUUCACCACCGGAUAUGAUGGAAAAGAUGUCGUGGUUCAGAACCUGAUUCAGAUUUGCUUGUUCAAGGUUGCUAAUGAAAGUCGCAAGCCGUGGUUGUGGUGGGAUUAUGUGCAUGAUUUUGCAAUUAGGUGCCCUAUGAAGGAGAAGAAGUACACACGUGAUUGUGCUAAUGGUGUCAUUAAGUCACUUGGAAUGGAUAUUGACAAGAUUAACAAAUGUGUGGGAGACCCUGACGCUGAUGAAGACAAUCCAGUGCUUAAAGCAGAACAAGAUGCUCAAAUUGGUCAUGGUUCUCGAGGGGAUGUUACUAUACUACCGACUUUUGUCGUCAAUAACAGACAAUACAGAGGUAAGCUGGAUAAAAGAGCUGUUCUAAGAGCAAUAUGCUCGGGAUUUGAGGAGACUACCGAACCUGAUAUUUGUUUGACUCAAGAUAUCCAAACAAAUCAAUGUUUGGAAAACAACGGAGGUUGCUGGCUGGACCAUAAUAGUAAUAAUUUUACUGCAUGCAAGGAUACCUUCCGUGGGCGAGUUUGUGAAUGCCCAAUUGUGAAUGGUGUAAAGUUUGUUGGUGAUGGGUACACACACUGUGAAGCUUCUGGUGUUGGUAGAUGCCAAAUCAACAAUGGAGGCUGCUGGAAGGAAACCAGGAAUGGGAAGUCUGUCUCUGCCUGCUCAAAUGAAGUAGCUAAAGGCUGCAAAUGUCCGCCAGGUUUCAAGGGUGAUGGCAUUCACAGUUGCGAAGAUAUUGAUGAGUGCAAGGAGAGACUUUUCUGCCAGUGCAAGGGCUGCAGUUGUGAAAACACAUGGGGAAGCUAUGAGUGUGGCUGUGGUGGUAACAAUAUGCUAUACAUGAGAGAGCAUGACACUUGUAUCAGCAAAGUUGCGAGUUCAUCAGUGGGCUGGGGCUUCCUGUGGGUUGUUUUCUUCGGCCUCGGUUUUGCAGGAGUUGGAGCAUACGCUGUCUACAAAUAUCGGCUACGGAGUUACAUGGAUUCCGAGAUCCGCGCGAUCAUGGCUCAGUACAUGCCUCUGGAGAACCAAGAUACGUCGAGCCAUCAACGACCAGUGGAGCACGCUGACAUCUGAAAUAGCAUAAGAGCUAGUCGCAUAGCAUUGGUGGUGAUGGUCUGGACAAAGAGGAUUGGUUCCCCAAAUAGCUUAUGAUUCUGAAAGACCCGCUCUCAUUUCUUCUUUCUGAAACUUGAAGAACGGAUUAGGAUCUCACCAGAGUUUAGCCAGCCGUCCUUGGCCCCUAGUCAUAAUUUUGAGCUUCUGGUCUUGUUCUCUAUGCUGCGCAAGAUAACAU